GCCAACUACAGAUACACUUGACGUUCGAUCAUCACUAUCCAGAAGCAUACUAUCCGAAAUCAUGAGUCUCUCUGGACUUAUCGGGUCAAUCAACACGGCGGCUGCCAAUACUGGCUCCAGCCAUGUGAACGACAACGAAUGCAGGGAACUUCUUCAGGCUUGUGAGAGAUUGCGAAGUGCAUAUGAGACGCCUUUGGAUGUUGUCACCCGGUUGUAUUACUCCAUUCCUCAGGCAAUCGUGCUUCGGUUGGGGGUUGACCUGAAGUUAUUCAAUGCUGUGGUCAAGCUCUCAGGCAAGAGUGCGAAUGGGGAAUUCAGCGUCCAGCAACUUGCUGGUGAAACAGGUGCAGAACCUUUGCUUCUCGCACGUAUCCUGAGAUUCUUGGCCACUAUGGGAAUCGUUCGGGAGGUCUCCAAAGACACUUUCAGCUCAACUCCAUCGACAGCAGCAUUUAUCUCGAGCUCGUCUCUUGCAUCAGUUGUAAUUCAUGGAACCCACUUCCUUAACAUUCUCUCAAAGCUCCCUGAGUACUUUGCACAGAAAGGAUGGAAUAGUCCAAAUGAUGCGGAUGAUGGUCCAUUCCAGUUCGCCACGGGGACCCAAUCACACUACUUCGACUUCCUUUCGUCAGAACCAUACUACCAGCAAGCGUUCAAUACCACCAUGACUGCUUCUUUUCGAAGGAAGGGCCAGAGUUGGUUUAAAUUCUUUCCAGUCGAGGAGAAAUUGCGUGUUGAGGAUCCCAUGGCUCCUUUGUUGGUCGACAUCGGCGGUGGUCAGGGUGAGGAUAUUCUCGCCUUCCGAGACAAGUUUCCUCAUUUGCCUGGGAAGCUAAUACUACAGGACUUGCCUGUCGUCGUUGAAGGAAUCCAAGGCACGAUUUCCCCAGUCGAAGCGCAAGGAUACAACUUCUUCGACGAACAACCCAAUAAAGGGGCCAAGGCGUACUACUUGCGCACAGUCCUGCACGAUUGGCCUGAUAAGCAGGCUCUUCAAAUCCUGGCUCGAGUUCGUGAGUCUAUGACACCUGAGUCGUUAUUGUUGAUCAACGAGGUUCUGGUACCGGAGACAAACCGGUCCUUGUCUUCUGUUGUGGCGGAUCUGGCGAUGAUGACUUCAUAUGCUGCAUUGGAGCGGACACAGGCGCAAUUUGAGGCAGUGUUGAACGAGGCUGGAUUUGAGCUUGUCAAUGUUUGGAGGCCUGAUGGAGUCGAAGUUCAAUCUGCGCAGCAGGCAGUGUUGUUAGAGGCUCGUCUGAAGCGGUGAUAUAUAUAUCAGCCCUAAAGUGUUAUUUAUAGUAACAUCAGCGCAUUGUCUCUAUUUUACUUUACACGUACUGGAUCCAAAUAAUCAUGAUAUCUCGCUUUGCAGCACAAAGCUUUGAGAAGAGC